GCUGGUGCCGCGCUCUCCUCCUCCUCCACCUCCUCCACCUCCUCCUCCACCUCCUCUUCUUUCCCUCCCUUUCCGGCCCUGGCGGCUUGAGCAUGACCCGGGAGCAGCCCGGAGCCGUUGUGCGCCGCUAGCCCCUCGGCCGCGCGUCCCAGUCCCCAGUCCUGCCGGAGUCCUGAGCACGAUGGGAGGCGCCGCCGCUGCCGCUGCAGCCCUCUCGACCGUCGCCGCCCCGGCUCCCAGCGCCCACCUGCGGCCCUGGACUCGGCGUCCUCCUCGGCCACUGCCGCCGCCGCCGCCACUGCUGUUGCUGCUGCUGCUGCUCGUCUCAGCAGGAGAGAUCGCCGAGGCCCAGAGCUUCGAGUUCCCGGAGCUGUGCAGUUAUACAUGGGAAGCUGCUGAUAUUGAAAGACGUAUACUUUAUAAAAUAAAUCUCUGUGGAAAUAUGCGUAUUCCCAAAUGUGAGUCUAGUGCCAUCUGUGCAUAUGAUUUGAAGAAUUCAUCUUAUCGUUCAGUAGGAGACUUAACUUUGAAAAGUGGAACCAAAUCCUUGAUGGAAUUCAAUACAGGGGAUUCCUGUCUCCAGCAAGAUACGAGGACAACAGUGCAUAGUAGUAUUGCCUUUUUAUGUGGAAAAACACUGGGAGCGCCUGAAUUUGUAACCUCAACAGAAUGUGUGCAUUACUUUGAAUGGAGAACUACUGUGGCCUGCAAGAAAGACACAUUUAAAGCUAAUAAAGAGGUGCCUUGCUAUGUAUUUGAUAAAGAGUUAAGAAAACAUGAUUUGAAUCCAUUGAUCAAUACCUCUGGGAACUACUUGGUGGAUGAUUCCGAUCACGAUACUUCCUUGUUUAUCAACAUCUGUAGAGACAUAGGUGGCUCAAAUCAGGAGACACAAUUUUGUCCCCCAGGUAGUGCGGCAUGCCUGGUGAAAGGGAAUCAAGCUUAUGAUGUUGGAAGGCCAAAAGAAGGUCUGAAAUUAGCAGGCAAAGACAGGCUUGUCCUUAGUUAUGUUAAAGAAGGGGAGGAUCAUCCCACUUUCUGUGAUGGUCAUAUUCCAGCAGUGACUAUUACAUUUAUAUGUCCUUCAGAGAGAAGAGAAGGCACAGUUCCUAAGCUUACUGCUAAAUCCAAUUGUCGAUAUGAAAUUGAAUGGGUAACCGAGUAUGCUUGCCACAGAGAUUAUUUGGAAAGCAAAACUUGUAUUCUGAAUAGUGAGCAACAUGAUAUCUCUAUUGACCUUAAUCCUCUCACUAAGAAGAAAGGUAUUGAAUCACCAUACUUUGCUACAGAUGGAAAAGAAUAUUUUUAUUAUAUGAAUGUAUGUGGAGAAACUGAUGCUCAGGUUUGCAGUAGUAAAAGAGAAGCUGCUGUUUGCCAAGUGAAGAAGGAUGAGUCAGGACAAGUCAAAGUGGCUGGAAAAUACCAGAACCAGACCCUCCGGUACUCGGAUGGAGACCUCACCUUAAUUUAUUCUGGUGGAGAUCCAUGCAGUUCAGGCUUUCAGCGAAUGACUGUUAUCAACUUUGAAUGCAACAAAACAGCAGGCAAUGAUGGAAAAGGAGCUCCUGUGUUUACGGGUGAAGUUGACUGCACCUACUUUUUCACGUGGGAUACAAAAUAUGCCUGUGUCAAAGAGAAAGAAGAUCUUCUUUGUAGAGUCACUGAUGGAAACAAACGUUAUGAUUUAUCGGCAUUGGUUCGUCACUCAGAACUGGAAAAAAAUUGGGAAGUUGUGGACAGCAACCACAUAGAAUCAGGAAAGAAACACAUUUUCAUCAAUAUCUGUCAUAAAGUACUUCAAGAAGGGAAAGCUAAAGGCUGCCCAGAAGAUGCAGCUAUAUGUUCUGUUGGUGAUCAAAGUUUUAAAAAUCUGGGCAAGUUUAUGUCUUCUCCAAUAAAGAAUAAGGAAAAUAUUCAGAUUUCUUAUUCUGAUGGUGAUAAUUGUGGCUCAAACAAGAAAAUCACAACUAUUAUAACACUUAUAUGCAAGCCAGGUGAUCUAGAAAGUGCUCCGGUUUUGAGAAACUCGGGAGAUAAUGGCUGUUUGUAUGAAUUUGAGUGGCAUACAGCUGCUGCCUGUGUUUUGUCUAAGACUGAAGGAGAUAAUUGCAGAGUUACUGAUUCAGAGGCAGGGUUUUCUUUUGAUUUGUCACCUUUGACUAAGAAAAAUGGGGACUAUUUGGUUCAAACAGAAAAAUAUAAAUUCUACAUAAAUGUUUGUGGUGCUGUCUUUCAUAAUGUUUGUCAGUCAAAUUCAGGAGCAUGCCAAGUGGAAGAAAGUUUAAUGAAAGCUUGGAAUCUGGGACAGAAUAGUUCUGCCCUUUCUUAUUAUGAUGGGAUGAUUCAGUUGAGCUACAAAAAUGGCACAGCUUAUAAUGAUGAAAAAAAGACACGACGAACUACACUUAUUACUUUCCUUUGUGAUAGAGAUGCUGGAAUAGGUGUCCCAGAGUACCAGGAAGAAGAUAAUUCCACCUAUAAUUUUAGGUGGUAUACUAGUUAUGCAUGUCCAGAAGAACCACUGGAAUGUGUGGUGACGGAUCCCAAUACCCUGGAGCAGUAUGAUUUAUCCAGUUUAGCAAAGUCUGAAGAUAGUAGUGGCAGAAACUGGUAUGCAAUGGACAACUCGGGAGAACAUAGCACAUGGAAGAAAUACUAUAUAAAUAUUUGUCGACCUUUGAACCCAAUUCCAGGCUGUGAUCGAAAUGCUUCAGUUUGUCAGAUGAAAUAUGAAAAGGAACAAGAUUCAUUUUCUGAAACAGUGGCAAUCAGCAACUUGGGCGUUGCAAAAACGGGUCCUAUAAUUGAUGGCAGUGGUAGCCUCAUUUUAGAGUAUGUGAAUGGCUCUUUAUGUUUUAAUAGUGAAGGAAAAACUACUUAUUCCACAAGAAUCCAUCUUAUCUGUUCUAGAGGAAGUCUGAACACCCACCCAGUAUUUUCUAUUAUUCGGGAAUGCACUGCCACUUUCCUGUGGAAUACAGAAGCUGCCUGUCCAAUUAAAACAACUGAUGAAAAUCAGGCCUGCUCUGUAAGGGAUCCAAACAGUGGAUUUGUGUUUAAUUUUGAUCCAUUAACUAAACCAGAUGGAUAUGUAGUCUCUGGUGUUGGAAAGUCUUUUAUGUUUAAUAUCUGUGGAACACUGCCUGUCUGUGGGACUAUAGAAGGAAAGGAGGCUUCUGGAUGUGAAGGAGAGAUCAGAUCAGGAGACCUAAAUACUCUAAAACCAGAAAGGAAAGUUGGAGCUAAAAAAAGUCUUCACUUGACUACAGAGGGUUAUAUAACACUUACUUACAGAGGAGCCCUUUCACCAUCUAAAGGUGCUUCAGAUGCUUUCAUCAUACGUUUUAUCUGCAAUGAUGAUAUCUACCCAGGAAAACCCAAAUUUCUACGUCAAGACAUUAAUUCUGAAUUAGGAAUCUACGAUACUUUCUUUGAGUUUGAAACAGCUUUAGCCUGUGUACCUUCUCCAGUGGAUUGUCAAGUUACUGAUCUUGCUGGCAAUGAAUAUGAUCUAAGUGGCCUGAGCAAAACAAGAGAACCUUGGAUUGCACUUGAUACUUCAACAGAAGGAAAAAAAAGAACUUUUUACUUAAAUGUUUGCAAUCCUCUCCCUUAUAUUCCUGGAUGUCAUGGUAGUGCAUUGGGAUCUUGUGUAAAAACUGGUGACAUAGGCACGAACCUAGGUGUUGUACAGAUCAGUCCUCAAACUGCUGCUAAUGGAUCCCUGAGUAUUGUUUAUGUGAAUGGCGACAAAUGUGAAAAUCAACGUUUUUCCACACGUAUCAUCUUUGAAUGCGAUCAGACACCUGGAUCACCAGUGUUUCAACAUAAGGACGAUUGUGAAUAUGUAUUUGUCUGGAGAACCAUAGAGGCUUGUCCUAUUCGCAAGGCAGAAGGAGACAAUUGUGAGGUAAAAGAUCCAAGACAUGGCCACAUUUAUAACCUGAAGGCCCUCGCUGUAAAUGACACAAUAGUGACUGCGGGUGAAUACAACUAUUACUUCAGGGUUUGUGGGACCCUGUCUUCACAUGUGUGCAAGUCAGCAGAUAGCUCUAAAAAAGUUUCAUCAUGUCAAGAAAAGAAGGGUCCUCCAAGUUUCCAGAAAACUGCAGGGUUACUUACCCAGAAACUGACUUAUGAAAAUGGAUUAAUAAAGAUUAAUUACACUGGUGGGGACACAUGCCAUAAAAUAUAUCAGAGAUCUACAACCAUAUUUUUUUAUUGUGAUCGCAUCACUCAGAAGCCAGUGUUCUUGAAGGAGACUUUAGAUUGUUCUUACUUGUUUGAGUGGCGAACCCAAUAUGCUUGUCCACCUUUUGAGUCCAUUGAAUGUUCAUUCAGAGAUCAUGAAGGAAACUCCUUUGACCUUUCACCUCUAUCACGAUACAAUGACAACUGGGAAGCAAUUACAAGAACUGGUGCCACAGAACGUUACUUCAUCAAUAUCUGCAAAUCCCUGGCCCCACAGGCUGGCAUUGGAUCAUGCCCUCCUGAUGCAGCUGUCUGCUUGGUGGAGAACUCUAAAUAUACAACCUUGGGCAGGGUGAGUGAUGGUCCUCAGUGGAGUGGUGAAGGCACUUCCAUUCUGAAGUAUCUCAACGGAGACUUGUGCCCAGAUAAGAUUCGUAGAAAGAUGACAACAAUCCUCCUGACAUGCAGUGAGAGUCAUGUAGAUUCUAAGCCCAUGUUUAUAAGUGCAGUGGAAGAUUGUGACUAUACUUUCUCAUGGCAAACUUCAGCUGCAUGUCCUUUAAAGAGAAAUAUACAGGAUAACUGUCAAGUUACCAAUCCUGCUACAGGUCAUCUAUUUGAUCUAAACUCUUUAAAGAAUGACUCUGGCUACUCGGUUUCUUACAGUGAAAAGGGAUUCAUUUCUAUAGGUAUUUGUGGAGGGACUAAAAACUGCCCUUCUGGAGUUGGUGUUUGCUUUGGAUUGACCAAAAUAAAUGCUGGAAGUUGGAAUAACAGACUAAUUUAUGUAGAUCAAGUCUUACAGCUUAUUUAUGAUGAUGGAGCUCCUUGCCCUUCCAAGAAUGCCCUAAAGUAUAAGAGUGUAAUUAGCUUUGUAUGUACACACAAUUCUGAGACAACCAAUAAGCCUGUGUUUGUUUCCUUGGAUAAACAGACAUGUACUCUUUACUUUUCCUGGCACACCCCACUGGCUUGUGAGAAAAAGGAGGAGUGCUCAGUAAAAAAUGGAAGCUCUAUUAUUGACCUCAGCCCUUUGAUUCAUCGAACUGGUGGCUAUGAAGCUUAUAAUGAAAAUGAUGAUCUAUCUGAUACCAAGCCAGAUUUCUAUAUUAACAUCUGUCAGGCUAUAAAUCCCAUCCACGGAGUUUCUUGUCCUGCUGGGGCAGCAGUGUGUAAGGUUCCUGUUGAUGGUUCUCCUAUAGAUGUUGGACGUGUCACUGGACCUCCACAACUUAAUCGUGCAACUAAUGAAAUUUAUAUCACUUUUGAUAGUUCUACCCCAUGUCCUUUAGAUAGAAAUGCUAAUUAUUCCUCAAUUAUUUUAUUUCAUUGCAAGAGGGGAAUAAAUAUGGGAUCACCAAAGAUGAUAAGAACUAGCGGUUGUGAUUAUGUGUUUGAAUGGGAAACUCCAAUUGUAUGCCCAGAUGAUAUAAAAACCGUGGGCUGUUCAGUGACAGAUGAACAGCUACACUAUAACUUUAACUUGUCUAGUCUUUCUAAAAGAUCAGUUAAGGUAACUCAUGGACCCCAUACUUACAACGUGGGUGUGUGUUCUGCAGCAAAUAGUGAUCCUCAAGGGAGCUGUAAAGAUGGAGGGGUGUGCUUGCUCUCAGGUAGUAAGGCCUCUUCCUUUGGACGACUAGCAUCAAUGAGUUUAGAUUAUAGACAUCAAGACGAAACAGUCAUUUUAAAAUAUCUAAAUGGUGAUCAAUGUCCUCCAGAAACUGAACAAGGUGAUCCCUGCGUCUUUCCUUUCAUAUAUCAUGGAAAGAGCUAUGAUAAUUGUAUUAGAGAAGAUAAAUCAAAACUUUGGUGUGCUACAACAGAAGAUUAUGACAGAGAUCAAAAAUGGGGAUAUUGCAGAUUUUCAAAUAGCUAUCGAUCAUCUACUAUCAUAUUCAGCUGUGAUGAAAAUAUUGACAUUGGGACACCGAAAGUCUUCAGUGAGACCCAUGGAUGUGAGGUGACUUUUGAAUGGAAAACAAAAGUUGUCUGUCCCCCAAAGAAGAUGGAUUGUAAAUUCAUCCAGAAACAUAAAACCUAUGACCUACGGCUGCUUUCUUCUCUAACUGGGUCCUGGUUGUUUGUUCAUGAUGGUACCUCGUACUAUAUUAACUUGUGUCAAAGCAUAUAUAAAGGACCCUCUGGCUGCCCUGAAAGGGCUAGCAUUUGCAAAAAAAGUAUAACUGGUACUGUCCAGGUUUUGGGACUUGUUCAUACGCAGAAGCUAGAUGUGACAGGUGACAAAGUCCUUGUAACUUACUCAAAUGGCUAUGAGUGUGGACGAAAUAAGACUGCAACCACAGUUAUAGAACUGAAAUGUGCAAAGACAGUUGGCAAGCCCAUGCUUAAGAGGUUUGAUAGAGAGAGCUGUACAUACUACAUUAUGUGGGAAACUCGAGCAGCUUGUGCAGUGAAGCCACAGGAGGUGGAAAUGGUGAAUGGGACCAUCAUCAAUCCUGUGAAUGACAAGCGUCUCAGCCUAGGAGAUAUUUAUUUUAAGUUAUUCAGUGCUUCUGGGGAUAUGAGACCUAAUGGGGAUGCUUAUAUGUAUGAAAUUCAGCUUUCUUCUAUCACAAAUUCAGCAAAUCCAUUGUGUUAUGGAGCUAGUAUAUGUCAAGUUAAAACAAAUGAUCAACACUUUGGUAGGCAAGUUGGAUCUUCAGAUAAAACUAGAUAUUACAUUCAAGAUGAUGACCUGGAUGUUGUAUUUUCCUCUUCCUCUAAGUGUGGAAAAGAUAAUACAAAAUAUGUUUCUUCUACCAUCUUUUUCCAUUGUGAUCCAUUGGUGAAGGAGGGUAUCCCUGAAUUUAGUCACGAAACGGCAGAUUGUCAAUACCUCUUUUCAUGGUAUACCUCUGCUGUAUGCCCUCUGGGGAUGGAAAUUAUUAAUGAUAGAGAUGAAGAUGUGCUGAAUCACAAGGGUCUCUCUGGAAGAAGCCAGGCUGUAGGGGCAAUUCUUAGUCUGCUUCUGGUGGUCCUUACUGCAUGUCUCUUGAUUAUGCUAUUGUACAAAAAAGAAAGAAGGGAAACUGUCAUGCAUAGAAUAAGCAGCUGCUGUAAGAGAAGCUCCAACGUGUCUUACAAAUACACCAAGGUAAACACAGAAGAAGAGGCAGAUGAAAAUGAAACAGAGUGGCUUAUGGAAGAGAUUCAGCUGUCAGCUUCAAGACCUGGGAAGGAAGGGCAAGAAAAUGGCCACAUUACCACCAAGUCAGUGAAAUCGGAUGCCCUAACUUCUCUGCAUGCAGAUGACCAGGAUAGUGAAGAUGAAGUCCUGACCAUACCUGAUGUGAAAAUUCAUUUAGCAAGAGGCACCCAGUCAGGAGGAACAGACAAGGCUAGAAAUCUGCAACGGAAGACAUUCAAGCAUGGCAAUGAUGACACAGUUGGUUUGCUUAAAGGAGAGAAGGAAAGAAAAGGAAAACCUAAGUCAGGACAACAGAAAGCAAUGGAUUCUGCAUUCCCCAUGUCAUUUCAUGAUGACAGUGAUGAAGAUCUGCUCCAUGUCUAAAACUCCCUCUCGUGCCUACAAGAGAAAAUUUAUUAGUGGGACAGAAAGCAUCUCCAACCAAAUAUGAAGACUUCACAACUUGAUGCUUCUAUAAUUUUUUGCCUUUAACAAGAACUCAUUCAAAAGGGAAGAUGUUUUUGUGCUGGUGACGGGGAGGAGGGAAACGAUGGCUUGGCUUAUUCCUGUUUGUUUGCAGGUGAUGGAAAAGUCCUUGCCUAAGUUAGCCAGAUAACAUUGGUACUCUGACUCCAGGGUUCUGUCCAUGUCUGCAUUUAUAAGCAUAGCCAUUAGAAGCUUAUUAGCUUUUAUUUAGUGCAAAUAUACUCCCAGAAGGCAGGGUUUGAAUUAAAUGAAGGGGAGAAAAAAGCCCUGAUACUUUUAGACCAUUUAAGAUACUUGAUUAUUAGCAUUUUAAUUCUCUCUCCACCCCCUAUUUAUUGACUUUGACUUCUCAGGUUUGCUGAAAUAACAGUAACAAUUUCUUCCUGCCGGCAGGGGGGUAUUCUAUUGAUUCACCCAUUGUAGGAGAAAGAAAAGGUGUUAAUCCAUAUGCUGGGAUGGUCUGAGGUGAAAUUUUUGGACCUGGUAUUUAAUUUUAUCUUUUAUGUUAAAAUAUUUCAUUUCUGGACGUUGGAUUUUUUUUCUCUAAGAAACAAAAUGCUCUUUAGUUUCUUGGGUGCUUCAAAAGGUUCACAUUCUGUAUAUGGCUUUAGCCAAAAACAGCUGCUGCUUUUUGCAUGUUAUUCUUGGUCCUGGUCAUAUGAAGCUAAUCUAUCAGUAUUUUGCUAGACUUCUGGUGAACCCAAACAACUGACCCAAAGAUUGAUUUCCUAUGGAGUUGAGACUUGGUGCCAUACCACAGAAAAUAACCAGGUUUCUCAGGAUUGUGGGUAUAGGUCAUCUCAGUAUCAUCUUCACUGUCUAAUCAUAUUUUUUAAAGAAAAAAAAAAGAACUUUGUAAACCAUUGGACCUACAGAAGCCUUAAUUUGCACAAUGUGUAUCUUUAUGGAACUAAUUGCAUGAAAAAGGAUGGGCCAAAAUCUUUUCAGUAGUAUCAUACUUCAAUUCAUCCUUUAACUGGAGAUCCUAAUUAUUACUCAUAGUAUUGCCUAUAUAGAGUGGAAAUAAUGGCAUUCUUCCUCUAGCUCUUAACUCCUUUCUGAAAGUGUUGUUGAAUUACCUUCAGGGGGAUUAACCUGAUAUUGUAGAGUUGUAUAUAGCUAUAUGGUAUUCAAAUUCUUAAAAACAAAUAGAAAAAGCAUAGUCCCCUGAUUUGUACCUGGUUUGGUGGGCUUAUUUGGUUUCAACAUGAGUGUAUUUUUAAAGGUUGAUUUCUCUCCCCAUUUUUCAAUAAAAUUUACUGUAAUAUAAAUAAAGUAUUCUGCAAUUUCAAUAAAAGAUAAAUUAUUGAUUUGGUACUACAGUUUAUUCCCCUCAAUGGAGAGAGAACUUCUAAAACUUUUAUCUUAAAAGAAAAGUGUCUUUUCAACAUAGUGUCCUAGCUCUAAUUUAUGAGUCUUGGUUUUCUUGAUUCUAUUUUCUCUGUAGAAGGGUACCAAAUCUUAAUAGAUCUGAUAUGUUUCUUUCCUGUCUUUCAUUUCCAUCUCAUAUGUUUUCUCAUAUGUUUCUGAUUUCCUAAAUGGUGACCUGGAGUCCCAGAUAAAUAACAAUACAAUGGAACUAUAUAGAAUUUAAUAGAAUCAAUCAUUAAAAAUGAAUUAAUAUUGAUCUGAAGGAAAAAUUUCAAAAGUGGGGUUUAUUGUGUGUAUGUUUUUUUUUUGUUUGUUUGUUUUGUUUGCCAAAGAAGGAGACUAGUUUUAAAUCAAGAGCGAAUAUAUUAACAUUAAAGCAAAACGAAUACAGAGUCUGUACUAAGAGUUGGCUCAUCUAAGUAAAUUUUAUUUUGAGAAUAUGCUAUUUUUGAUUUUAUAAAUUCUGAAAGGAGCUGUCUUUCUAAUUAGUAGGUUUGAGUAUUACUAAGAUAAGCUUAGAAUAGUGUUACAUAUUCAGAGUAUAUGAAGAACUGGAAAAUGAUAGAGGAACGGGUAAAAAUGUUACAUUUUUCUCUUCUUCUCUCUAGCCAACAUUGGGGUAAAUGCUUGAGUUGUAUUUAUGUUUGCAGAAUUACUUGAACUUCUUUCCCCUUUAUGUUUCAAGUUAAGGGAAAAUAUAUUUUAUAAUAAAUAUUAGAUGUUUUUACUUUUAUUUUUAUAGAUAUCCUCUGUUAUCACAUUUAUUUCUGAAUGUGUCCCUGCCCCUUCCUGUUCCAAUUCAUUAAACCAUCUUUUUAAAUGUUAAAAGAAGAAGGAAGGAAAAAAAGUUCAGCAAAACAAAUGGAUACUAGACUAGAUCUUUUCAAAUAAUAAUUGCUCUAAGUUUAUCCUUUCUCUGCCCUAGAUUCUGAUUGUAGAUUCUGAAUCAGAUCAUUCACCUUUUGACAAAAGAUUGGAAUGCAUUUUCUGUAUAUUUCCACUCUGUUGAUUGACAUUAUUUGACUUACGCAGUGGACUUCUUUAGUUUGCUUAGAUAAGAGAAACACAGAUUAGAUUGAUUUAACUUUUAGAAUCUCAUAAUAUUCAUAUACUUAGAUACCCCUGAUACUGUAAAAUCAAGACUAAUAAUCAAUGGUUUUUAGUACCUUAAGGCCAUAAAUGGCAAAAAGAAGAAAAGGACUUUAGUAUGUUAUCCUGUUCUUCUAGCUUUCAGGAAUAUUUACCUCAAGAUGGAAAGAUAACUUGAAUUCAGAGACUUAAUCAAUAUGAGAUCUAGGAUGUUGUUUCUAGGUUGAUGUUUCAAUAUUUUCUUCAAAGAAUUAAAAGAAUAAUUUUGUUUCAUUAAGAAAUUUUCAUAUUUUUUUUCUCUUCAUGGUUUUUAAGAGGUUUGCUCAUCCCUAAUUAUAAUUUUUAUUGUCUUUUUGUGGGAUUCUUCCUCUCUCCUUCUCCCCAAAGAAACUAGUGAAAAUUAUAAUUCACUGAAAUUCACUUUUAGUUCUCUGUGUUGUAAAAUGAAGCUAUUAUUGUAUAUUCAUUUGUUAUUUCUAUAAGGCAACAGCCUUGGAUGAGUUGGGGCUAAUUAUACUCUAUCUUAGAAAUCUUCUAAAAAGUAUUGUAAAGCAAAUGAAAAAAGGUUAGAUUGUGUUUUUAAAUGUUUAAAGAAAAAAAAAAAGUUUGGCCCCUUUCCAGACACAAACUGGCUUAAAUUAAACAGUCUAGGGAAUUAUUGAGUUUGAUUUAUAAAGAUUUUAAGAAAAAGUUGUUUUGAAACUUCCCCAGGGGCAAGAUAGGUUUUUCUGGCCUUGUACUAGAGACUUUCUGGGAGGUUAGAAAAAAAGGCCAACAGUCCCAGAAUUUUCAGUACUUGUGAGCCAGCUCAUACAUUAGAGAAAAGGACACUCAAAAAAGCCAAAGCCGAGCCAUAAGGGAAAAGUUGUUUAUAUUACUUUUAAUUUUGUUCUUCAUUAUGUCAUUAUAAUUUUGAAGCACAGUAGAGAUUAAUUACAUGGCUCUUUGAGUUUCUUUAGAAAAAGCAAUUAUGUUUUAAUGCAAACACUACAAUUAGUAAAGAAGUAUUCAUUAAGCACUUAGUAUGUGUCAGGUACUAUGUUAGGUCCAGAGAACAUAAAGACAAAAAAAAAAAAAGCAGGCUCCUACUCUCAAAGACUUUGUCUUAUAGGAGGAGACAUCAUAAACAUAAAUAUAUGCAAGAUGUAUAUGAAAUAAAUACAAAGGAGUUUGUGGAAAGAGCUUGAAGGUUCAUAAAAAACCUCAUGGAGAAGGUGAUGAGCUGAGCUUUGCAGGAAACGACAGUUUCUAAGACAUCAUGAAUGCAAAGGCAUGGAGUCAGGACAUGGAGUAUUCUUGUGAAGUCGAGAAGUACUCUGAUUUGGUUGAACCAAAGAGUAUAUGAAAGGGAUUAAUGUAUGAUAAAGGUGAAAAGGAAGGUUUAAAAAGAAUAUUUGGUGAGAGGAACAGCAUAUAAUGUAGGGCAAAGAUUACAAUUGAAGUCCAUUUCUGCCAUUAACCUGAUGUAUGACCUUGUUGGAUAAGGCAAACUUCAUUAACCAAAAUUUUCCUUAAUGACAGAUUAAUGAUGUAAUAUGUAAGAUAGCUUCUACCUCUAAAUGUCUCUAAUUGUUUAACUGACACUUAAUUCUAAAUCGGUGUUGUGGAAAAAGAAAUACACCAGUUACUUUACCAUUUGACUGUAGUUUUGGGCAAGGUACAGUUGGCCUUGAAUUUGUUUGGAGGUAAUUCUUGUACUACCUACUCCUUUCAGGAUAGGAUUGAGUACUGGGCCUAGAGUUGGAAAGACCUUAGUUCUUGGUGUGUUGGAGGAGAGUAAAAUGUUAAAAGAUUAGGGGGAAAAAAACAGGCCAGGUUCUAAAGAACUUACAAGAGUAACUUCUAUCACUUUCUGUUUUUGAUCUUGGGGGUAACAUGGAUUCAUUGGAGUUUAUUUGGUAGGGAAUUACAUAGUCAGAUCUGCACUGCAGGAAGAUCAUUUUAGCAGCUGAAUGGAGGAUUGAAGGAAGGAGAGAAGAGGGAGAGAGACCACUUGGAAGGCUAUUGUAGUAAGGGAAUGAGGUAAUAAGGGCUUCCACCAAAAUGAUGGCUAUGUGAAUGGAGAGUAGGGAAUGUAUUCAGGAAAUGAAAAGGCAGAAACAAACAGAUCUGGAGUGUCAAUUGUGAAUGGCUACCAGGUUAGUGAUACCCUUCAUAGUCCUAGAAAAGCUAGGAGAGGGCCUGGGAGGGAAGGCUGACGGAUUGAACUUGAGUUUGACAUAACAUAUGAGGUAUCCAGGCUGAGGUACCCAAAAUGUGUUUUUGUGGGAUUGGAAUUUGAGAGAUAAACUAGGACAGCAUAAAUAUGAUAUGUAAAGAGAGUUAAAGACAAGGCCUUUAAGGACAUCUGUGGUUAGUAGACAUAACCUGAAUGAAAUCCAGUGAAGAAGAUUGAGAAGCAAAGAGACAAGUGGAAGCAGUGUGGAGAGCUUGGGGCACAAAUUUAGAGCCCGAGAGCAUACCUAGAAGAAGAGGGUGAUUUAGCAGUGACAAAGGCUACCAAAAGGCCAAGAAAGAUAAAAACUGAAUAAGGACCAUUAAGUCAGGCAAUUAAGAGACCAGUGGUAAAAGAGCAUUUCAAAGGUGGUGACUAAAUACUGUCUUUUAUUUCACAAGCACUAGGAGCAUAAUUGAAUGCCUUUUGCUAUUUUCAGCAUCAUUUUGAUCAAAGUAAAAAGAUACAAAAGAAAAGUUGAGCUUUCUUUGUUUUGUAUAAACUUAUACAAAAAGGAUUUUGCUUCCUGAACCACUGAAGUCAUGGUUAUAUCUAAUUCAUUCCAUAAAUGUAGAGGAGGGAGUGCCUGUUGGGUCCAAAGCCACAUAUAAGUAACAUGAAAAAAUUCAGUUUUUUUUCCCUUUAAAGCAUAACUCACAUUUAUAUAAGACUUCAAAGUUUAACUUCUGAAGGGGAGGAAAAACAGACAGAAGCCAAUCUGAUUUUCAAACUAUUCUAUAAUUGGCUGCGUAUUUUUCCAAAAAUGUAGGUCAUUUCCCUGCUCAAUAAACCAGAGGCUCCCUGUAAUCUCUAUGAUCAAAUAUCAAAUACUCUUUGGCAUUUAAAACCCUUCACAGUCUGCAACCUAUCCACUGUUACUGUCCUCUUAAACUUUCCUCCCUAUAGCCUUCAAUUCAGCCAUACUGCCCUACUUGCUGUGUUCCUCAGAUGAGGUACUCCAUCUCUCAUCUUCAUGCCUUUGUACUAAAUGUUCCUAGGUCUGGAAUGUCCUCCCCCUCCUUCUCCUUACCUUUUAGGAUCCUUAACUUCCUUACAGAUAACCCGAAGCUGCCACCUAAUGCAGGAGGUCUUUGUGAAGCCUCACAGGCAUCUAGAGCCUUCUCUUCUAAGACUACCUUGUAGAGACUUUGUAUAUGUUUGUUAUAUGUAGCUAUUUAUCUACAUGUUGUAUCCCCAAUUAGAAUGUAAGCUUCUGCUUGAAUGGUACUAUUUUUGACUUUGUAUUUCUAGCACUUAGAAGAGUGCCUGGCAUAUAUUGAGCUCUUAAUAAAUGCUUGUUACAUGUU